CUGAAAAUUAACACCUGUCGUGUUUACUUCAUUCGUAUCCUUCUUAUCCUGAACAUAGAUGAGCACAAUGUCGUCUCGAGUUGUGUUCAAUAAUGGUAAUUCCGUGCCAGUUCUCGGACUGGGGACAUGGAAGUCCGCCCCAGGGCAAGUUUACGAAGCAGUAAAAACAGCCAUCAGUAUGGGCUACAGACAUUUGGAUUGUGCCCCAGUAUACGGCAACGAGAAGGAAAUUGGUGAAGCAAUAAAAACUCAAAUCCAGGAGGGUGUAGUAGAACGUAAAGACAUAUUUGUGACCAGUAAAUUGUGGUGCACAAUGCAUAACCCAGCACUGGUGGAGCCUGCACUAAAAAACACGUUAGAAGAUUUGUGCAUCGAUUAUCUUGAUCUUUACCUAAUCCAUUGGCCAUUUGGUUUCAAAGAGGGUGACGAACUAUUUCCAAUUCUUCCAAGUGGUCAAUUUCAUGGGAAUGAUGUCGAUUAUAUCGACACGUGGACAGCGAUGGAGAAUUUGGUCCAGAAGGGUCUGGUCAAGAAUAUUGGAUUGAGUAAUUUCAAUUCCCACCAAAUCAAUCGCAUUUUGAAUAACUGUAAGAUCAAGCCAGUGAACAAUCAGAUUGAGUGCCACCCAUAUUUGACCCAAUCCAAAUUAUCCGAUUUCUGUAAAUCCAAGGGGAUAGUCAUAACCGCUUAUAGUCCACUUGGGUCACCAGACAGACCGUGGGCAAAACCCGAGGAUGCGCAACUACUCAACGAUCCUAGGCUGAGAUCUAUCGCUGAUAACUACGGUAAAACCACUGCUCAAGUGGUACUUCGUUAUCAGGUCGAUCGUGGGCACAUCGUCAUACCCAAAACUGUAUCAGAGGCACGAAUGAUGGAGAAUAAGGGCAUAAUGAACUUCACGUUAUCUAAUGAUGAUAUCGAACUGAUUAAUUCAUUUAAUUGUAAUGGAAGAAUUUGCUCCAUGACUGGUGCCAGUGAACUCGAACAUUAUCCAUUCAAUACUGAAUUUUAAUGAUGGCCGGAUCAACCUAAUUAUUAUAUAUCUCAUGAAGAAAUGCUGGAGCAGGGAAAUCUGAAUUCUGAUUGUGGACUAAUGCCUUACCCUCACAAUCACAGCAUUCCCAGUAUUCUUCACUGCUGUCAUCAUCACUGAAUUUGGAAUCAACCUCACUUGAAGAAUUACUGUGAUAAACACUUGCAUCACUACCGCAGUGACACAUGUCAUCACUACUACUUGACGAACGGACUCUCAACUUCGGAUGAUGUUUGGAUUUAGCAACUUCCUGAAAAUUGUAAAAUAAACAGAAAUGAUUGAUAAAUAAAUUCAUGUACAUGGAGAGAAA